AUGGAUUUGUGCAUUGAAAUGGAUUUGAUGGAAUAUGGAAGCUUACACACCAUGUUCUGCAGAAAAGAUUCCAUUGUGCCCUCUGAAGAAAUUAUUUGGUCCAUUAUUUCACAAAUGAUCAAUGUUCUCUCUGUCAUUUCAAAAGAAAAGAUUGUUCAUAGAGAUAUCAAGCCAGACAACAUCUUGGUCAAAUCGGUCAAUUUAGUAUCGAAUGAAAUUCACGUUUGUUUGACUGAUUUUGGUUUGGCAAAGGAUUUGAAAUGUUACAUGAACCAAAAAUCUGAAAUCAAAGGUACAAUGGGAUUUAUAGCUCCUGAGAUUUUUGAUAGUAAUAAUUAUUCUACUGCUUCAGACAUCUUUGCGUUGGGUGUCACUAUUUAUCAAUUAAUGACAGGCUGUCAAAAUGACAUUACAGCCCUUUGUAAACAACCUGAUGCUCUUCGUAAAGAUAUUUUGACAAAUCAAAGAGUUACAUAUAGUGCUGAAUUAAUUGAUUUAGUCAUGAGAAUGGUUGAUACCAACAUGAGCACACGAAUCACGCUCCCUGAAAUGAUGAAAUAA